AUGCAGGAGAAGCUAUCGGACAACCAGACUUCCACUUCAUCGAGGGCGUCGUCGUUUUUCAUCGAGAACCUACUAGGCCAGGGACGGAAUGGACAUGAAUCGAUGUCGGACAGGAGUCGUGGGGGAGCUGCUGUGGAGACGGGGUCCGCCGGCCGAGUCCUGAAAGUACAUCAAGCCGACGUGAGCGCUCCAGCGCCGGAUGGCUCCAGCUCCACCGCUCGGUCCCCGUACAGAGACUCGCCGUUGAAGUGGUACCGCGGGGGAGCUGCCUUAAACUUCAGAGCGUUGGAAACGCCACAUAGUCCAAGAGAUAACACAAGUUCAGACGACCACUGCUGCUCCAUAUCGACCAGUGACAGGUGCUCCCCCGCCGUAUCUGAGCCGAUAACGGAGGGCAGCGACGAAACUGACAGGAAAACAGCCGACAGUAACCUGACAGACGACAACGAGGACACGCAUAACGGGUUUGAUGCGCGGUCGGAGCUGGACGCAUCCUCGGACCCAAGCUCCACCCGGAAGAAGAAGACCCGGACCGUGUUCAGCCGCAGUCAGGUAUUUCAGCUGGAGUCCACCUUCGACAUGAAACGGUACCUGAGCAGCUCGGAGAGAGCGGGACUGGCAGUGUCUCUCCACCUGACAGAGACUCAGGUCAAAAUCUGGUUCCAGAACCGGAGGAAUAAAUGGAAGAGACAGCUAGCGGCGGACCUUGAGGCUGCACACAUCCCCCACUCGACCCAGCGGAUUGUCAGGGUCCCCAUUCUGUAUCACGAGGGUCCCGGACCAUCUGCAGCACUGGGUUUCACCCUGAACGGACAUCUUCUUUCUCCAGCAGUCGCGGGCUUCUCCAGCUACCCUCUGUCCUCGUUCGCUCACUCCAUGAGCAUGUUGCGAUCACAGAUGACCGGCUUGGUGUAAAGACUGUCGAAGACUAAUAUGCCAAGCUGUGUGUUUAUAAGAUAAAUUCACCCAUACUGAGUCGUGCAAUAACCCACAAUGCCGCAGAAAACCGUUGACUGCAUCCAAAGAUAAGAGCCGCAGAGACAUGAAGACGCAGUAAUGGAUCAUCUUAUCUCAUAAGCCUCCACGGGAGCGUGCUUCUGUCACAGAAUACCAAGCAAGGCCGAGAGCAAGAAAAGAUGUUCGUACUGUAGCCUACUGUAUGUUUGAAUACACACAUAUUUUUGCAAAGUUUUAUAUUUAAAGCCACACAAU